AUCUCCCCCCGCGCGCCGCGACUCGUUAGGCUACUCCACCCACUCUUGUUUAGGGUUUCCCUCAGCCGCCGCCGCCGCAUCCACGCUCAGCAGCCAUGGCGGUGGUCGAGCAGCCGCAGCAGCAGGUGGUGAAGCUCUUCAACUGCUGGUCCUUCGAAGACGUUCAGGUGAACGACAUAUCCCUCGCCGACUACCUCGCGGUGUCCUCGACGAAGCACGCCACCUACCUGCCGCACACGGCUGGCCGCUACUCGGCGAAGCGCUUCCGCAAGGCGCAGUGCCCCCUCGUGGAGCGCCUCACCAACUCCCUCAUGAUGCACGGCCGCAACAACGGCAAGAAGAUCAUGGCUGUCCGCAUCGUCAAGCACGCCAUGGAGAUCAUCCACCUCCUCACCGACGCCAACCCCAUCCAGGUCAUCGUAGAUGCCAUCAUCAACAGCGGCCCGCGUGAGGACGCAACCCGUAUCGGCUCUGCUGGCGCUGUGAGGAGGCAGGCUGUGGAUAUCUCUCCCUUGAGGAGGGUCAACCAGGCAAUCUACCUCCUCACCACUGGCGCCAGGGAGAGUGCCUUUAGGAACAUCAAGACCAUUGCUGAGUGCCUUGCUGAUGAGCUCAUCAAUGCCGCCAAGGGCUCAUCCAACAGCUAUGCCAUCAAGAAGAAGGAUGAGAUUGAGCGUGUUGCCAAGGCGAACCGUUGAGUGCUGAACCCAUCUCAGUGUGCUCGAGCUAUUGCCUUGCACUGUUGCCAGUACUUUUUGCUAGUCUUUUUGGGCUUUGCCAGAGUUACCUGUGAUUUUCUGUUUAAUGAUAAGUGCUGAGAAAAUGUAGUAGUCUGUUCGCUAUCGACAUUGUUUUAUUACACCCCCAAUCCUUGUUCCUGCAUGAUCUGAGUUCUUUAUGUGUGAUUGACUGAUGAUUGGUUCUGUUUCUGAUUA